AUGGUGCGCCCGAGAGGUCUCUCCAGCUCCUCUUCCGUUUCCUCCGUCCCCGACCAGGAUCAGGAAUUGGGGAGCAUGUAUGAUUACCUGGCCAAGGUGAUUCUACUGGGUCCUAGCGGUGCAGGGAAAUCAUGCGUCCUCCAUCGGUUUGUGAAGAAUGAAUGGCGCGUCCUUUCGUCUCAGACCAUCGGCGUCGAAUUCGCUUCGCGCAUCGUCAAACUUGGCACCGGCUCGCGUCGCUGUCGCAUCAAGCUUCAGCUCUGGGAUACCGCCGGGACGGAACGCUUUCGAUCCGUGUCUCGAUCCUACUACCGUGGUGCUGCCGGUGCGAUCCUCGUCUACGAUGUAUCUUCCUACGCCUCCUUUGCGGCACUGCCAACCUUUCUCAUGGACGCGCGUGCCCUGGCAUCUCCGAACCUGACCGUCCUGCUUGCUGGAAACAAAGCGGACCUGGCCGACUCCGUAGGGCCGUCAUCCUCCGACUACUCCUACACGGACGACACCCAUCGUGCUCCGCCGACUCCGUCCAGCACCUCAAGCAAGCAAUCGUCCUUUCCAUUUGACGUGACGGGUUCGGUGCGCUCGACCUCGACAACAGCGUACUUGGGGCCCGGGACCCGAAUGACCGCCUCAUUUGCCGAGGGUCGCGAGGUCAGCAAGGAGGACACGGCGCGCUGGGCGGCGCAGUCGAAUAUCCCGGUGGCGGUGGAGAUAUCGGCCUUGACGGGGGAAGGCGUGGAAGAGGUCUUUCAGCGGUUGGCGCGCAUCAUUCUCACCAAGAUCGAGCUGGGGGAGAUUGAUCCGGAUGAUCCUCAGAGUGGGAUUCAAUAUGGGGACGGAGGCAUGUACGGAGGGCCGGGGCCCAGUGAGGCCUCGAGUAUUCGAAGUCGAGCGACCUUGGAUGAGAAUUCCAUGGCGAUGCAUCGGCCCUCGAGGCGGCGGGGGCGACCCGGCUCGAGUUGGAAGGGUGGCAUGCGAGAGUGGGAGGAUGUGUUUCGACUGAGUGGUUCGUCAUCCAAGCGGAAUCGGGGAUGUUGUUGA